CCGGAAGUCCCGCCCUUCCACUUGCAAACGGAGGCCGGGACAGGUCAAUCGGCGGCGGGUACUUUCCGCAGUGAGUUUCCCAGUGCGGUCGGUGGACCUGGAGGGCGACACAGCCGUGCGGGAACCACACAGUCCGCACCACGCUCCCACGUAGGCUGAGCCCCGGUCGCAUGUUGCGUGGCUUCCCGCGUGACCACUGCAGGCAGGAAUGGCAGCCCCGUCCAUGAAGGAAAGGCAGGCAUGCUGGGGCGCGCGCGACCUGUACUGGCGCUGCCUGGACGACAACGCAGAGGACGCGGCCCGGUGUCAGAAGCUGAGGAGCUCGUUCGAGGCCAGCUGCCCCCAGCAGUGGAUAAAAUAUUUUGACAAAAGAAGAGACUACUUAAAAUUCAAGGAAAAAUUUGAAGCAGGAGGAUUCCAGACUUCACAGUCGACUGAAAAUUCCUAGGCUCUUUCUGGACUUUCACACAAGUGGAAUUUACUCCUCUGGACUUGCAGAAAUGACUCCAGGACAAAAGCAGCUUGAGUCACAGUGCGUAUCUGCACUUGUUCUCUGUAAAUAACAGUUACUAAAUUGUUGGAAUAGCAGAAUAUCUCAUCAUCAAAACUAUGAAGGACUGCCUUAAUUAAAGUGAGGGAUCUAUUCUAAGAAAAAGCAUGAAAUCAUUAUAUAAAAAAGUUUAUUAUAAAAAUACAUUGUUUAUUUUCCUUUCCCCCUUUGGAAUGAAAGCUGCAUAUUAGGCAAAUAUAGUUGCACAUAAAAUAAAUAAAAACUAAGAUAGGUUA